UCGCGGCGUCCCCUCCCCGUCGCCACUCGACUCGCCUCCUCCUCCUCCACUUGUCUCUGUCCUCCACCUCCGACUCGUCGCCCCCGCUCGUUUUCCCCCCUCCAUCCCCAUCCCCGAGAAGCCCUCGCGCCUCUCCGCUACCGGUGCCCCCGCCGCCUCGGCGCCUCCGCCCCCGCGCGCGUCCCGUUCCGUCCCCCCAAGGCCCCAAGUUUGCAGAGUGAUCUUGCUGAAUUUCCAUAUCAACAGCACUGCAAUUUCUUGCAGUAUAGAAAGGCUAUUGCUGUUUUGUCACUGAUUGACUUGCAAGAUCUUGUCAGAUGAAAGCAGAGUCAGUUACUUCUAAGCGCAAUUUCUGGGUUUGUUAACUAGAUAGACUCUCUUCAUAGAGUGCUGACAAAUGGAUCGUCAUGAUACUUCUGGGUUUGUUAGUGGAGGAUGCAAGGAGACAAAGGGACUGCUAACAAGCAUAUACUUCUAACUCCUUAUAUUCCAUUGCAUUAUGUAACCUAGAAGUGAUGCUGAGUCGCUGACUGUACUUCCUCAUAAAGGUCAGUUGAAUUUGAUGGUAUUCGCUGCCACCAGGAGCAAUGGAUCAUACGCUUGAACAUUCAGGGUAUACUGGUAAAUCUUUGAAUUCAAACAACCUUGGAAACUGGACCACUCUUCGACCAAUAGUCAUGGAUUCAAGAGCUUGUCCUACGCAAGUUGAUGUGCUUUCCCAAGAUAGAACGAAUAUUUUAUCAAGAGGGAUCAAGCGGAAAUGGAUUGACUUGUCACUUGGCUUAGGUAACACUUCAAGCUCCUCUGACUCAAGCAAGCAGAGCAUGGGCACAUGCUGCACCUUGUCUUCUGCUGCAAAGGAUAGGGAUGAUGGAUCAUCUAUUGACUUGGACCUAAAUUUUCAGUUUAGUCUGUGUAAUGAAGGCACUUCAAAAUUGGGCACGAAUGCUUGUAAUGCUAAGACAGCUCCAGAGAAGCAGCCUGUUACGGAUCUUCAGUUAUCUUUGACUGUCGGACCUGCUGAAUCUGUUGUUACUAAUGUGGACCUUAAUAUGGGCUCCCAAAAUCACACAGUAUUGUUUCAAUCAUACAAUAUGGCCUCAGUGCCAACUGUUGAUGAAGGAUCAACAUCAGCUCGCUGGAAAUCUGGUGGUAAGCUACUUCCUUACCUGUUACCUGUUGGCUCCAAUCAAUCUCACGGUCCUUUACCAAUGUCACCGGCGAUACAACUGCCAAAAAGUUCAGUAGCCUGUUCUUCUGGAGUUAGCAGCCCACAACAGCGCUGUACUAGCACAAAAAUUUGUUCACAACCAGGAUGCUCUAAAGGUGCCCGGGGUUCAUCUGGGCGCUGCAUUUCACAUGGUGGGGGCAGAAGGUGCCAGAGAGAGGGUUGCAAGAGAGGGGCUGAGGGAAAAACCAUCUUCUGUAAAUCUCAUGGAGGGGGUAGGCGCUGUGAGCAUCUUGGAUGCACAAAGAGCGCUGAGGGUCGCACUGAUUUCUGCAUAGCUCAUGGGGGUGGCCGCCGUUGCAGGAAUGAAGGGUGCAAAAAGGCAGCAAGAGGAAAAUCUGGCCUUUGUAUUAAGCAUGGUGGGGGAAAGAGAUGCCAAAAAGAGAACUGUACAAAGAGUGCGGAGGGACAGUCUGGCUUUUGUAUUGCUCAUGGAGGUGGAAGGCGCUGCAAACAUGAAGGUUGCACAAAAGGUGCUCAAGGAAGCACUAAUUUCUGCAAAUCCCAUGGAGGUGGUAAGAGAUGCACACAUCCAAAUUGCAGCAAGGGUGCUGAGGGCAGCACACUCUUCUGCAAGGGCCAUGGAGGGGGGAAACGCUGUGGAGCUGAAGGUUGCCCAAAGAGUGUCCAUGGUGGCACCGAGUUCUGUGUUGCCCAUGGAGGUGGAAAGCGAUGUGUCGUACCAGGAUGCACCAAGAGUGCUAGAGGACGAACAGACUGCUGUGUUCGUCAUGGUGGGGGCAAAAGAUGUCAAUUUGCUGGCUGCAGCAAGAGUGCACAGGGUAGCACUGACUUCUGCAAGGCUCAUGGGGGAGGCAAGCGUUGCUUAUGGGGCCAACCAGGAUCUGAACUUGGAACCAGCAGUACUCCUUGUGAGCGCUUUUCAAGGGGGAAGAAUGGACUGUGCGUUGCACACAAUGCUCUGGUGGAAGACAGCCGAGUCCGUGGCGGGGAGACACUUGGUGCUAUGGGCUCACCAGGACCUGUUGUGAACAACAUGGUUAGUCACGGUUCCAUUUCUAGAACCGCAGAUGGUGAGGCGUUCAACCCUUUCAAUUUCAGCGAAAGGGCCAGCAAUAUUCUGCGUCCUGCAGAGACUCUUCCUCAAGCACCAAUCUCUGCUCCAGAAGGGAGGGUGCGUGGUGGUAACAUUGUGGCUAUUCUAUCUACUAGUAUGAAUCUUGGAAAGCAAUUAAGCUACAAUGCGGAGGCUAGCACCUCUGCGGGCAAUUGGCUGUAGCAUGUAAAAACACCAGCCCUGUCCAGUUGGUUUUGCUUAGUGUCAACCAGAAGUAACCUUCUGGUCUUGACCUGUUGCGUAUCUGGCAGUCAUGCAUGGUUACAACGUAGAAUUUAUGCUUUAUAGGGGAUUUUCAAUAUUUUUAUUGUAGCUGUAGCUACCCUGUGUCAUAAAUAAAGGGAAGGUACUGUAACCUAUACUAGCACCCAAGUGCGGAAUUGAAGCUGUUGGUCUGAACUGUAACGAAUAACCUAACCUGUGUGUUUUGUGUUCUCUAAGUACUAGAUUAGGAUUGUGAUAGGCUCCUGCAGUGUGCAGUGCAUGUGUGGAACUGUUCGAACACUAUUACCUAUUUAUGCUAUGUUCUUAGUGUUGACAUGUUUUA